UGUCUGAGUAGUGUGGCCGGGUCUUGAUUAAUUUUCUAUUACGAAGGACCUCCUGGGAAUUCAAGCAGUGAUAUAACGUCAAUUUAUUGCUGAGCUGUCUACUUUCACUACACUGGUGCAAAGUUAUUCUAUCAUUGAGGGGAAGUUAAAGACAUAAUGAGGAAGAAGAGAACUAUAUACUAGUGGUUGAGAAGUAUUCAUCUUAGCAGAGACAGUGCGUGAGAUUUACUAAUAUUUCAGUACUGGAAUGACAUAAAACUAAGAUAACUGAUAAGAAAGUGAGUGAAAGGAAACCUGAAAUGGAACUUGUGUCUAUCAUAUGAGGUAGCCAGGAAGUCACCACAAUGACGGCCAGAAUAGCUUAUUGCACGGACAUGGAAAAGUCUGUUCUGUCCAAUAACUUCGAGAAAAGAGGCUGGAUACAAGUGGGCCCAGAUGAUGAGUGGAACUUCUAUUGGGCCGGGGCGCAGACAUGCCGCUCUCUCUUCAGUGUCGACAGUGGCUACCGCAUGAAUGACAAUCAGAUGAUCAAUCACUUCCCAACACACUACGAGCUCACCAGGAAGGAUCUCUUAGUGAAGAACAUCAAGCGUUACCGCCGGGAGCUGGAGCGAGAAGGGUCCCCGCUGGCUGCCAGGGAUGCUACAGGAAGAUACAUUCAUCUGGACUUCCUCCCCACCACCUUCAUGCUGCCGGCGGACUACAAUCUUUUCGUGGAGGAGUUCCGGCGGAAUCCCAACACUACCUGGAUCCUCAAACCCGCGGGCCGCUCGCAGGGUGUGGGGAUCUUCCUGGUGAACAAGCUGGCGCAGAUCAAGAAGUGGUCCCGGGACACCAAGAGUUCCUUCAAUCCAGCCCUUGUCAAGGACACCUACGUCAUUUCUCGCUACAUCGAGAACCCUCUCCUCAUCGGCGGCAAGAAGUUUGAUUUAAGAAUGUACGUGCUGGUGACGUCUUACAGGCCCCUGAAGGCGUACAUGUACAAACAAGGGUUCUGCCGGUUUUGCACGGUUCGCUACGAUACAUCGGGGCAAGAACUUGACAACAUGUUCGUGCACCUCACAAACGUUUCCAUCCAGAAGCACGGCGAGGAAUACAACAGCGUGCACGGAGGGAAGUGGCCCGUGCGUACCCUUCGGCUUUACCUGGAGGGCACGAGAGGCAAGGCACGCACAGACAAACUCUUCGCAGAUGUGACGUGGUUGGUGGUGCAUUCCCUGAGAGCCGUGGCCCCCAUCAUGGCCUCCGACAGACACUGCUUCGAGUGCUACGGCUACGACAUUAUCAUCGACGACCAGCUCAAGCCUUGGAUGAUUGAGGUGAACGCGUCGCCCUCCAUGACCUCCACCACCGCCAACGACCGCAUCAUGAAGUACAAGUUGGUGGACGACAUCAUCAGCAUCGUCCUGCCUCCUGACGGCGUCCCGAACGUGCACUGGAACAAGAUUCCCGCCAACGACAAGAGCGGAGACUUCGAACUUCUGCUGGACGAGGAGCUGUACCAGAACAGCGACCACUCCGCCACCCACCGCGGCAAGAACUCCGACAGGCACUCCGCCCCGCGAUGGAAAUAACCCUCGACCAAGAAGUGUGUGAGGCCAACCUCCACACUUCAUCCUCGGCACCAGACAGACAGCACGGCACCACCACACGGAACAGGAGCUGAGAGGACGCCGGCCACGCCUCGCCCCGCUAGCAAAGCUGUGCAGUCCCAGAUGGAGAUGGCGUAUGGAGAGACGAGAUGAACUAUACAGUAGACGGAUCUGCCGCCGCCAUCGCCUCCACCACCUCCAUCAAACAACCUUCUCCCGAAUGUCUUACCUUGUGCUGACACUGACUACAGUACUCUGUCUUUCCCAAGUGAAAAAGGAUGUUUUGAUGA